UAAAUAGCGUUCGCAUAGCGCACUUCGUAGCGUACUCGAUGCUCUUCUAUAUUAGGGUUAAUUUUUAAAACCCAGACGCGCCUCCAGUCACGACUCGCGAGCAUUUCACCUCUCAGAAACGCCUCCAGCCCUAACUGCAAAUUCUCCGCAUAAUCUGAAGCAAACAUUGAGUGAGUUUUCGGAAAAUCUUCAAGCUAUUGGGCUGUGAUGUAGCACUAAUUGAGUAGAAAUUGGUGGAUUUUCGUCAAACCCAGAUUUUGUAUGUUGGUUUGUGUUUUUUUAUUUUGGAAGAAUUGGUAUUUGGUUCGAUAUUGUUGCUGCAAAUUCAUAAUGAUGAGUAAAAAGGAUUUUGCUUGGAAGUGGGGGAUACAAGUUGAAGGAGAAAGAUACUUGAGGUGCUCUUUUUGUAAUCAACAAUGCACCGGAGGUAUUACAAGGCUCAAAAAUCACUUAGCUCAUACUCACCAUGGUAUGAAGCCUUGUCCAAAUGUUCCACCAAAUGUAGUGAUUAUUUGAAAAAUUUUAAGGCGAUCAAUUUGAAGCGAAAUGAAUCACUUCAUGAGCUACCUGUCCAAAAGAAAAAAAAAGAAUCACGUCGUGAGCUAGGCCAAUUUGGGAGUAAUGCUUCCAAUGAAAUGGAACAAUCCGAAGAUGGAAUUGGUAGUGGGAGUGGGAGUGGGAGUGGGAGUGCUCCAACUCCAAGUGGCGAGAGUUCUCUAGCUCCCCCUAGGCCUAGAGGACCCCUUGAUAAGUAUGUGUCUUCUGAAGCUCAGCAAGCUACACUGAAUACCAAGCUAAAAAAGGAUGAAAGGAAUGAUGUGUGCCGAAAGAUUGGGCGUUGGUUCUUCAAUUGUGCAAUUCCAUUCAAUGCCGUGAAUAGUCCUUUUUAUUUGUCCAUGAUGGAAGGAAUUUCCAAUUUCGGUCCUGAGUUCAAACCCCCUUCCAUGCAUGAGUUGAAGACUUGGAUCCUUAAGCAGGAAGUUGAAGAUAUUCAAGGAACAAUGGUUGAACAUAAAAACGCUUGGAAUGAAUAUGGGUGUACCAUCAUGUUAGAUGGUUGGACAGAUGGAAAAAAUCGGGUUCUUCUUAACUUUCUAGUGAAUAGUCCUCGCGGGACUUGGUUCUCGUAAUCAGUUGAUGGCUCUGAUACAAUAAAAUAUGAAGACUUGAUGUUCAAGUACUUGGAUGAUGUAGUAGAAGAAAUAGGAGAAAAGAAUGUGGUUCAACUGAUUACAAUUAAUGCAUCAAAUUACAAGAAUGCGGGGAAAAAGCUUAUGGAGAAAAGGAAGAAAUUGUGGUGGACUCCAUGUGCUGCCCAUUGCAUUGAUUUAAUGCUGGAAGAUAUUAGCAAGUUGACAGUUUUUGAAAAUAUUAUUCAAAAGGGUAAGCAAUUACUGAAGUUCAUUUAUGGACAUUCAUGGGUCCUUUCUUUGAUGAGGCAUUACACUGACAGUAAAGAGAUCAUCCGUCCAGUGGUGACACGCUUUGCCACUGUUUAUCUCACACUUCAGAGCAUUUAUAAGGCUAAGAGAGGUAUUAUGUCUAUGUUCACCUCCCAAGAAUGGCAUAAUGGUCCAUUCGCCAAAAACAAGGAUGGAGUUGUGGCUCGUAAAAUGGUACUACAUGAUGUUAAUUUUUGGUCUCACGUUGCCUUUUGCAUCAAGGUGGUUAUUCCACUUGUCUCUGUUUUAAGGGAGGUUGAUUCAGAAGAGAGACCUGCAAUGGGCUAUAUUUAUGAGUUGAUGGAUGCAGUAAAGGAGAAGAUUGCCUUCAAUUGUGGAAAUGUGGAGAGAAAGUACAAACCAAUUUGGAAUAAAAUUGAUAAAAGAUGGGGUCCACAACGUCAUCAUCCUUUGCAUGCUGCUGGUUAUUAUUUGAACCCGCAAUUGCAUUAUGAAGAAACUUUCACAAACUCUAAAGAAGUGAGGGAAGGUUUGUAUGCAUGCAUGGAUAUGAUGUUGAGUGGAGAUGAACGUGUUCAAGCGGAUUGCCAAUUGGACAAUUAUAUUUAUGCAGAAGGAGAUUUUGGAAGUGAAGUAGCAGUGAAAUGCCGGAAAUUGCGAUCACCAAUCAAUUGGUGGUUGCGUUUUGGGAGGGAGACACCGGAGUUGAUGAAGUUUGCUGUUCGAGUCCUUAGCCUUACUUGUAGUGCAUCUGGGCGUGAGAGGAAUUGGAGCACCUUUGAAUUGAUUCAUACAAAGAAAAGAAAUAGACUUGAACAGAAAAGGCUAAAUGCUCUAGUCUAUGUGAAAUAUAAUACGACUCUAAAGCAACGAAGUAUUCAAAGGAAGAGAGUUUGAUCCAAUAUUAGUGGAUGAUAUUCCCUCCGAUGAUGAAUGGAUAACGGAGGUUGAGGAACCAUCUCUUCCAUUUGAUCCUUCUUGGAUAGAAGAGGAAGACAUAUUUGAUGUUGAUGCCAUUAGGAAUGUGCCAAUUCCUACCUAUGAAAGUGGUCUACAACCUCGAGAGUCAAUUAUUCGUAAGUCUGUUCUCGAUGAUCCUCCUACUGCUCCUAGUGAGCCUACUUUUAAUGAGCGUAUCCCUUCUCCGUCUAUUAUUCGAUACAAACGAGGUCGUGUUGAAAGAUCAAUUCAUUGAUGGCGGGACGAUAAUAUUGCUAACUGUGUUUGCUAGACGUUGCUUAUGUUACUUGAUGAAUGAUAUGGCACAAGAAGUUCUUGGAGAUGCUAUGCAAGCCCUAGUAAUAAACCCUGAAUGGCCCACUGCCUUCUAUCUUCAAGCAGCUGCCCUAAAGAGCCUAGGGAUGGACAAUGAUGCACAGGAAACUCUAAAAGAUGGAACAUAUAGAGGAAGGUGGCUCAUGGGAUAAGAAGGAAAUAUAAAAUUGCAAUGAGGCAGCACCAUUGGUCUUAAUAAAAUGCUUUGGAUUUAAUAAGAAAACAAGACAAUGAAAAAGUCCAUGAUGUUAUUGCACAGAGGUCUCCCUUGUUGAAUUUGAGCCUUUGACCUUCGUGAAAGUGAUGUGGUUCUACAUCAAGUUGGCCCCCCAUUUUUAAGUUCAAGCCAUUUCUCUCUCACUUGGAUUGCAUUCAUCAGCCAAUGGGAGCCGGAUUCUCUCUUUGCUUACAACCUUCCGAUAGCUUCCGGCGGUCUGAUGUCGUGUCCAAACUCAACGAUUCACCAGACACAGAGAACGGAAGCCAAAAUGAAAAGGACUCGUUGCCCAGUUUCACCGAGUUCAGCUUGGACCAACUGAAAGCUGCCACUUUAGGAUUCUUGUCGGGAAAUGUUGUCUCUGAGGGCGGAGAGGGAGCUUCCAAUGUGGUGUACAAAGGGAAGCUGGAAGAUGGCCUUUUGGUGGCUGUUAAGCGCUUCAACCAAUCUGAUUGGCCUGAUUGCAGCCAAUUUCUUGCAGAAGCUAGAGCUGUGGGGCAGCUGAGGAGCAAGAGCUUAGCAAAUUUGAUAGGGUGUUGCUUUGAAGGCAAUGAGAGAUUGCUUGUGGCUGAGUUCAUGCCUAAUGAAACUCUCUCUAAGCAUCUUUUCCUUUGGGAGACCCAGCCCAUGCCUUGGACAAUAAGGUUGCGAGUGGCUUUGUAUCUGGCUCAAGCUUUGGAAUAUUGCAGCAGCAAAGGGCAGACAUUAUACCAUGAUCUCAGUGCUUCCAGAGUCCUGUUUGAUCCGGAUUCAAAUCCUAGGCUCUCCUGCUUUGGCCUUUUCAAGAAUAACAAGGAUGGCAAGAGCAAUAAUAUUACCAACCUGGAUUUUGUCCCUCCAGAAUACUUGACGACAAGUAAUUCCGUCAUUGCUUCAGUUGAUGUAAAACAGUAUUCAAAUACUAGGUUCUCCUGCUUUGGUCUUGUCAAGAAUGGCCAGGAUGUCAAGAGCUAUACUUCCAACCUCCUUGUCUACCUCCAGAAAACUCUUGGACAGGACGUUUGAGACCAGAAAGUUCUGUUUACAGCUUUGGGACCGUAUUGUUUGAUCUGCUCCGUGGUGCACAUACCCCCCACCCCCCCAAUUCUUGCACUUGACCUCGUACGCGGUAAAAACAUCAAGAGGCUGAUGGAUCCAUACUUGGAAGGCCAAUUCUCAAAUGACGAUGUAACUAAGUUAGUGCAGUUGGCUUCACAGUGUUUGCAGCAUAAACCUCUUGAGAGGCCAAAUGCCAAGUUUCUUUUGACUGCCUUCAUUCCUCUUCAGAAAGAAACUGAGCAGGUUCCAUCAUACGUUCUGAUGGGUAUUCCACCUGGAAAUGUGCCUCCAUUUGAGACAUUGUUAUUUAGUGUCAAAGAGCAUAGGGCUGGACAAUUAUGCAGAGGAAGCUCUAAAAGCCGGCACAUCCUUGGAAGUAAAAAAUAUAUAAGCUGAAAAGUGUAUGGGUAGGGGGGUUUCCAAUUCUUUCAACUAAACUUGUGUCCAGUCAUGAACAAUUACUCUUUAGCAUAUUUGAACUCUGCUCCGCAGCACCAAAGGAUUAACUGUAUAUUAGGUUGGUGUUAGUGUUUCUUUUCAUGUAUUUUGGUCCUAAGGGUUCAACAGAAGUCAAAUUACUUGUUUGUUUUCCUCUCCUAUAAAUGUUUUUGGGUUUCUGAUCA